AUGGACGUGUCUGUUCUACCCAACAACAAUCACCCAGAUAAGUUCCUCCAGCUGGACGUCGGCAUGCUGGGAGCGCUCCACUUUGGAGCGCUCAUGUCCAGUCAGAGACGGUGGCAGAACAAGGUCUAUUUACAGAGGAACCAAAUACUGGAGGCUGAAAACCAGCCUGGGCUGUCUCAGGAGGGCAGUCCCGUGACGUUUGCAGACAGAUACCUGCAGAAGCACAUCACCCCCAUCACUCUGAAGUCCAACAUCAAGAAAAACCCGCUGUACGUGGACAUCAUGUCAGCGGAAGCAGCAGAUAACGACAAGUGCAAGCCUUGCUGGACCAUCAGAGACUAUGACACACAAACAAUCCAUGGAAACCUGGCAGACUAUUUCAAGGGAGAAGAGAAGAUGCCUAAAGAUCUGGACUUUUGGCUCGAGGACCUCUACACACCAGGAUUUGACUCUUUACUUAAGAAGAAAGAAGCAGAACACAGAAGGAAAAAAGUUUGCAGGAUUCUCUCCUCCGUCAUUUUUCUUGUUUGUGGAGUUCUUAUUAUCAUCAUUGUGCCCGUUGUGUUUGUGAACAAAAGUAACUGGUGA